AUUAUUGACCGAUGAACCAGUCUAAAGGACGUGGCGUUACUGGCAAGAGGGCAAAAAACGUUUUGUACUAUUCUGCUACCUUCAGCUGCGAUUUAAUCAAAGUACAUUUUCAGCUAUUAGAAUACUUCAUUUCGUAAGGCAAAGCCGUCUUGUUGUGUAGUGCACGACUUCAUUUUCAAAUAUUAUGUGGUGGUGGGUAAACGUUGUGUUGGUACCGAUAUUUUUGACCGGACGAAAUGAAGUCUAUGGCGUACUGUUCACUACAACAAGUAAUGGCGAGGGCUUAAAUAACUUGGAAUUAAAAACUUCACCAAUUGAAAAGUUUUUUACAGCGGCAGCUUUAGCCCAUCCUGACUUCGAAUUGCAGGAAAAAUAUGACUGGUACCAACCACUUUUGAAAAAUUGCCGUCUACAUAUUCCCGACGAAAAAAAUCUUAUUCUUUCAUAUUAUGGACAUCACAGUCCUUUACCGGCAAACGCCGUCAUUCCCCACGGUACAACUCUCGUAGCCCGAUGUCCCGUGCUUGGCAAAAUGAAAUUAUUGGGCGCAGUCUCAAUCCAGUGCUACCAUGGGAAAUGGAGUGAUAAGCUACCCACAUGUCUACCAACGACACCUUCCGAUGGCCUUUCCGCAUUUAUUGAUGAUCAUCCGCCAACAAUAAAAACGAAUGUUCCAACGGGAUCUGCUGGGGAGAACGCCGCAGGAGAACUGGUUGUUCGUCCAGGAAGUGUCGUACAUCUUGACUGUAUAUUUUACAGAAAAUUGGGAAAUCCUCAGUGGACUUGGAAAAAAUCCAAUAACGUCAACAGGAGCCAUCCGUUCGGUUGGGCAAUAUCUCGUGAAGAAAGGCUGUGGCGGUUCCGGAUUUCAAUAUUCUCCAUUCAAGCGCGCGACGAAGGUGAAUACACGUGUACUACUCCGCGUGGGCAUAACAAUAGUAUACGCAUCGUUGUUCAAACAAUCCAAUGCCCCACACCUCCUGUGAUUGAAUCGCCGCUACAUGCCGUAAUCGAAGGGAACUAUGCUGGACAAAGAAUUACUUUUUUCUGUUUAGAAGGAUACCAGUUGAUAGGGUCCAAUUUCAGCGAAUGCUUAACUUCUGGGUUAUGGUCGGAGAAUAGACUGCCCGUUUGCGAAUUAAUUCAGUGCCCCUACGAUAUGGAUGGUGCUGAUCCUCGUUUAGAAUUUGAUUUUCUUAACGGAGUGGGGUAUAAGGCGAUGGUUAAGUUUUCUUGUCCACCUGGUUACCAACUUAUUGGACUGAAUAAUGCGACUUGUCAGCAAAAUAUGGAAUGGUAUCCAGCUCCUCCUUCGUGCCAAGUUGUUGAAUGUCCUGAGCUACUUCCCCCGUUAAAUGGCCGAAUUAAAGACAGUGGUAGUAGCCAUUUCGUCGGAGAUAUUGUGAAAUUUGCUUGCAAUCGUAAUUUCCAACUAUUGGGACAAGCUGAAAUCACUUGUAUGGAAAAUGGAAUUUGGUCUCACCCAGCUCCUCUGUGUCAAAUGCUUUGUAGCCAUCCUGGAAUACCUUCCUAUGGUUAUAUAACUCCCGAUAAUUCGACGUACGAAAUUGGCGCUACAGUCCAAUUUUCCUGCCAACCCGGUAGGAAAUUACAGGGAAGAAAAUGGUCGAACUGUCAACAGGAUGGUUCGUGGUCUUCUGCUGUAGGAGUAUGUGUCAUUAGUGUCUAAGCACGUGAUCUAUCUUGAAAGAAAGAACCUUUUUUUUUUACUCGUACUUUUGUAAUUGAGAACACUAGCACCACUGUUAUUCGUUUUCUUAACAUUUGUGUUGUUUUCAAAGAACAUAAUAGAGAAUUUCUGUUUCUAACGAUACGUUACCAUAUGAGUACAUGAUUCCAGCAUAUCAGUUUGUCGCAUUACAUUGGUUUUGUACGGAUACAAUUGCUCGAAUGAAAAAGUAUAAUGAUGUGUUUUACUCUCUUUUCAAACCUCUGUUUGCGCGUGUUGCUAUAGGCGCC